AUGAUCAAGUCUCUAUUCAGUUUAAAAUGCAGAUUUUUCUCUUUUAAGCAUGUCAAAAUCGAGUUUGAUGACAAAGCAAGAUAUAUGCUAUGAAGAGGAAUUGAAGACGUAAAUAAAACAGUCUCAAUUACAUUAGGACCAAAGGUAAAAAUUAUUCAGGGAAAAAAUGCAGCAAUUGAGUACGAACUUGGUCCUCCAAAGAUAACAAAAGAUGGGGUCACUGUGGUAAAGCAUAUUGAGUUUCCAGAUAACCAAAGAGACCUUGGAUGCAGACUCAUCAAAUUCCCAGCUCAUGAAUCAAAUAAUCAUGCAGGAGACGGCACAACUACAACAACAAUUAUCGCUUCACAUUUAAUUGAAAAAGGUUUAAAAUAUCUCAAAAGAGGAGUUCACCCAAUAGCUUUGAAGGAAAGCCUUGUAUACGCUUCUAAUUUGGUAGAAAAUUAUUUAAAAUCCAAAUGCAUCCCUGUUACAUCUGAAAGUGAGCUUUUGGCGAUAGCAAAAGUAUCUUGCAAUCAUGAUGAAUAUAAUGCAAACUUAGUAACGCAAGCUGUCCUAUCUACUGGGAAAAAUGGAACUAUUAUGAUAGAAGAAGGAGCUGACUUUGAUAAUGCUUUAAUUGUAAGGAAUAUGUAGCUAGCUGAUGGGUUUACUAUGAUGAGAGGCGCAGCAAAUGAAUUUUUCAUGCAAAAUCAAGGACAUCCUGAGUAAUUUUUAUGCAGCAUUCGCUUGGAAAACCCUUUAAUUUUGACUUGUGCUUUUAAAAUUCAUAAGCUUGAUCAAAUUAUCAACAUAUUGGAGUAUGCUAAAAAAACUGGCCGAAGUCUUGUUAUUGCUGCUGAAGAUAUUGAUAAAGAAGCCUUAUCAACUAUCUUGCUAAAUCAUCAAAAAGGUGAGCUGCAAAUUUGUGCCAUAAACUUUCCAUAUGAGCAUAACAUCGAAAUUUUGUAUGAUUUUUCCUCUAUAGUAGGCAGUAAAGUUCAUAGUGAGUUGACCUUUAAAACUUAUAGCCCUGAUGACUUAGGCUCAGCUCGAAGGGUCAACAUAGAAAGAGACCAAACUUUAGUAUUUGGAGGAAAAGGAGACCCAAAAGAAAGAAUUGAGACUAUUGAAAACGACUUGAGAAAUACCCAGGAUCAUGACCAAAGAAGUGUCUAUAAAAUUAGACUCCAAAGGCUAUACGGGAAAAUGGCUGUGAUUGAAAUCGGCAUUGGAGGAGGGCAAAUGGAAAUCCAAGAAAGGCGUGAUAGGGUUGUGGACUCUCUUAAUUCAGUGAAAACUGCUCUAAGCGAAGGUUUUUUGCCUGGAGGUGGCUCAGCCUUAUUAUAUGCAGCAAGAAUGCUAUCCAAAAUAAGAACAAACACAGAAAAAGAUAUAGGAGUUAGGAUAUUACAAGAAUCAUUAAUGCUUCCAUGCGAGCAAAUUGUUAUUAACACAGAUUAUGGGCUGGCUGCAAUUGAUGAGAUGUGAAACUCUGAAGAUGAGGAGAUUGGUCUUAACGCAAACACAGGAAAAUUAGUAAAUUUAAUUGAUGAAGGAAUAAUUGAUAGCGCUCAUGUAGUAAUUCAAGCCUUAAGAGGAGCAUGCUCACUAGCUCAACUUGUGCUUUCUACAAGUGCAGUCAUUGUGAGGGAAAAGAAAUAUGUUCCGACCCUCUUAUCUGAAUAUAGAAAAGAAUUAUUUUAA